AUGCUGCCCGCCAUUGCCCCCUCUUGCCUCCAUCCUCCACUACAAGAAACCUGUUGGACCUCCGGAGCAAACUCCGUGACGAUCGACCUGACGAUGCGCCUUCAAGAGAUUGCGGCUUUCGGCCUGCUUCGCGCAGGCCUCACCGCCGCUCAACUCACCUAUGCCAGCAACCAGGUCGAGGUGAUCCGAGAUAGCGAGACGGUAGCCGCGAACUUCCCCGACGUCGAGGAGGUCGAGCUGCAUUCGCCCGCCUUCGCCAAUCCGGAGAGUGUCUCGGCCACCUUUGCCAAUGGCACUGGUGGUCCAACAGACCAGGCAACACUCGACUACUUCCUGCAGACCCUUGCCGCGCGUAACGAGUGGAUGACCUACCAAAAUCCCAGCUUCAAGUCAGAAGAAGGUCGUUCAAUCCCCUACGUCUACCUCUCAACCUCGCAAGGAACUCCGACGGACAACAGCCUUAACACCCACGGCAACGCCAGCGCGCCGGGAAAGGUGCGCAUCUGGAUGCAGGGCGGCGUUCACGGAAACGAACCAGCCGGCGACCAGGCCCUGCUCGCGCUGCUGGGGAGGUUCGACGCCAAUGCCACCUGGGCGGCCUCCAUCCUCAAAAAGGUCGACAUCGUGAUGCUGCCCAGGUAUAACCCGGACGGCAUGGCGUACUUCCAGCGCUACUUUGCAACCGGCUUCGAUCCCAACCGCGACCACACAAAGCUCGCACGCCAACAGACACGCGAUAUCAAGCAGCUGGUGAUGGGCUUCGCGCCCCACGUCGGCGUAGAUUGCCACGAGUACAGUCCGACCACGCCCUUUGGCGCCAACGAGCAAUGGGUAGACGCGCAAGACGGACAGUUCUCUGCCAUGAAGAAUGCGAAUAUCCACCCCGACAUCCGCAACAUCUCGGAAUCGCUCUUUGCGAACAAUAUUGCCGCAGCCAUGGAGAGACGCGGCCUGCGAUGGGGCCCUUACGUCGUCGGCCCCUCUGGCACAGACGACCUCGUGCUCGAGGAGACCACUGGCGACGCCAAGAUUGGCGACAGUGCUGUCGCGCUGACCCAGGCAAUCAUGUUCCUCACCGAGACGCGGGGCAUCGGGCUGGCAGACCAGCACUGGCAGCGUCGCGUUGCCACGGGCCUGACCAUGGUCGAGACGAUUGUCCAAACGGCGGCAGACUGGGCGGAAGAUGUAUACGAGACGGUGGAGAGCGCGCGCGCACGCUUCAUCGCCAGCAACGACGACAUCAUCGUGACGGAAUCUGCGCGCCCGACGACCAUCUCGUGGCAGUUCAUCGAGGCGACGACGGGCAAACUCGUCCCCGUUCCCGUCCAGUUCCUCAACACGACGCCCGUGGUGGCGAACCUCACCCGGUCGCGACCAGAGGCCUAUGUGUUCUCGCGCGCGUGGGCUGAUGUGGCGGAGCGUCUGCGUGUCACUGGCUUGGACGUGCAGACGCUGCCGUCCGACUUUGUGGGCAACGUCGAGGCGUUGCACGUUACCGGUGCCGCGGUGGCGCGCACAAAGUACGAGGGGGUCGCUCGCACGACGGUCACGACGGAGACUGUGACGAAGCAGGUUCGGAUCCCGGCCGGGGGGUUCUGGGUCAGCACCCGACAGGCGAAUGCCGCGCACGCAUUUGUGACGCUGGAGCCGGAAGGCAUCGACUCGUAUGCCACCUUUAAUGUGCUGCCGGUGAGCGUGGGUGAUGAGUAUCCGGUUUACCGUGUCAUGGCAUAG